AUGGAUUUGGUCAUACCGGAGCACGACGACAAGGCACUCCAUCAGCUUCUGGACUCCCUGGGAUCCGCCAGUGCGCUUCCUACACUCUUGCCUCAAGGUUGGGACAAGGCCUCGGCAUUGAAAAGACUUUCGGAUCAUCUAGCGUUGAUUGAUUCCGAAAUCAGCAGGAAACUGAAAGGUCUGGAUGACUUGAACUCCCACCUCAAGAACUUGCAAUCGCAAGAGAGGACGGACAUGCAGGCUGCAGGUGCCAACCCCGUAUCGACAUCGGAAAGGGUGCUGGAGGUCAAGCCACCGGAGCUAGCUGCAACGAGUGCCAGACCUGGAGUUGUGGGUGGUCACUCCACACCCCGAGUGUAUCAAAGCAGUCACCAAUCUCUUGGGAUGACUCGACAGUUCUCGCCUGCACCGCAAGUCGCAUCACCCGGUGUCAUUUCGCAAUGGCAAGUCGUCCCUGCUGUCCCGGCUCCGCAACACUUACAGCAGCCGCAGCGGUUGCAGCGGCUAGCGUCUGCUCCGGCUGGCUGGCGUGCCGUGCAGGCUGUGCAGGCUUCAGCGCGGCCUUGGCCUGGUGCGACGCUGCUGGGCAGCGGUCCCCAGAGGUACACCCUAAGCUCGGCAGACGUACGUUCCGGCUCCGCAGGUCCGGCGGCACGUAUACAAAGUCCAGGAGCUGUCCUUCAGCCCCCUCAUGGACUGCACGGUGCAUUUGUCGCACCCGCACCUGGGAGUCCAGUUGUGGUGACUUCUGUGCGGGGCGGUUCACCGGUGCCGCAAGCCAGGUCCCGUUGUGCAAGUCCACAGGCUGUGGCAGGUGCGGCUGUGCCUGGAGUGUUCGCAAGGACACCAAGGAGUAAUGCGCAGCCCUCCCGGCAGUGGAACCCACAAGCGGCUCCUUCUCAGGUAAGCUCACGCUUCAUCCUCGUGACUCCGCAAAUGGAGGCAGUGCACCCUGGAAGAUGCGUGACCCCGCGGAGGGUACCUUCACGACCACCAGCAGGAGUCCCCAGUCGAGUGCCGUUUCCUGGAUACACGCCGCGGAGAUGA